AUGCUCCCAUCAAAAGUACUCGAGCCUUCUCUUCCUGAUGAAUUCCUGGAGCUUCUGCGCUACCUGCAAGCUAUGCUCGAGCACAGAAGAGCUCGUGACUACGGCAUCAGCCCACGGGGAGAUGUCCCCUUCCCCAGGUCUGCCGCCGAGCGAGUCCUGAGCUACACACACUCCCGACUUAACAACAACAACCACGACAACGGACAAACCCCGCAUAGUACCAGCACCCAAGACCUCAUGCGGCUUGCUAACGAGUGCACCAACGGCCAGUCGACCUUUACCUCGCCUUCUGCCCGCCGAAGGACUGGCAUGACCCGGUACGGCAGCAUGACGUAG